AUGCCGCCGGGGCUCGGUCCACCACCGUUAAGCCAGGUCAACCCACAAGACGCCUACGAGGAAUUUACGAGAGCCUUGCGCACCUUGGAGGCGACGUAUCCACAUUUACAACAGAUGGGACGGCAGAUACCGCCGAUCCAGAUCCCACCGAUUCAAGCGCCCCAGCAUCAAGUAUCGCCCCCACAGAUGUCUCACUUACCGUCCGACUUCGAUCCUAUCCUCGCGCUUUCGUGGUUGCAGAACCCUGGGGCGUCCGGGCAAUGGGGUAAUCCAUAUCCAACUGUCGAUCCGCAUCACGCUCCAGGACAGUCGUCGCAUAGUGCGAGCAGUGCAGAAGCAUCGUACCCAAGGAUUUCGCCUUCCUCUUCAUCGAGCACUCCGCGAGCAGAGUCGCCCCAAGAGACCCGAGAUUUGACGGAGGCAGAGAGACAAGCAAUAGCAGAAGACAAACGACGCAGAAAUACGGCAGCUUCUGCACGCUUCAGGAUCAAGAAGAAACAGAAGGUGCUGAAUCUGGAGAGAUCGGUGUCAGACUUGACCGGCAGGGCUGAGGAGCUAGAGCGAGAGGCGGCAGAGUUACGACGAGAGAAUGGCUGGCUCAAGGAGAUCAUUGUAUUGAAGAGCAAGACAGCGGGAGGCAUGAUGCCUGAACUCGAUCCCUCUGAGCUUGAAGGUAGCGUGGCCGGGCCCUCAGGCUCCACGCAGGAGGAAGACAAGGAAAGCGAUAAGUCAGACGAGCAGGAAUCGCGUCGGAGGAAGAAGGGAAAGAAAAAAGCGUAG